ACUCUCAAAGGUUGCCCUGAUGUUGUAUGCUGUUGAAAAUGGUAAAGUCAAUGAGUGGAAGGGAAGGCAGAUGAAGGACAUAGUAGUAGAAGAUUUACCUCUUCCAAUUGAAGACGAAGAUGGCCAUCAAGAAGAGUCCAUGUCAACUGCUGACAGUGAAGAGCCAGGCAGUCUGACCCAUGAUAGGAGGGAGCCAAGUGAAGAGCCAGCCAGUCUGACCCAUGAUAGGAGGGAGCCAAGUGAAGAGCCAGCCAGUCUGACCCAUGAGUCCAUGUCAACUGCUGCCAGUGAAGGGCCAGCCAGUCUGACCCAUGAUGAAAUGAGGCAGCCAAAUCCUCAAGGGACAGGGACAAGAAAAGGAAUGAAACGAAAGUGGGCCAGCGAAGAGAACAUAUGUUUCAUGAACUUUUUUAGAGAUGAAUUAAGAGAAAAAAUAAUGCCAUCUGGCUCAAAAAUAAUGGGGUCCCUAAAAAUACUUACCGGAAGAACAGUGGCCCAGAUAAGGGCAAGGGUCCAUAACAUUAUUAUGAAAAAACAAAAAUGGAAAAAGAAUUGUUGAACUGUGGAAUAUGUUUAUGCCCCUGGUAGGGUGGCAUAUAGCAGUUGAACUGUCCGUCAGUCAGUCAGUCUGUCCAUCUGGCCGAAAACUUAUAUGGCCAUAACUUUUUCAAUAUUGAACAUAGCAACUUGAUAUUUAUACCCCUAUUACAAUUGGUAAUGGGGGCUAUAUAGGAGUCACGUUUGUCGGUCUGUCCCGAUAUUUCAUCCGAUCUUCACCAAACUUGGUCAGUAGUUGUAUGUAGAUAAUGUCUAGGUCAGUUUGAAUAUGGGUCAUGCCAGGUCAAAAACUAGGUCAUGGGGUCACUUAGUAUGUUUUAAACUGUAAGUUUGUACGGACCAUAGCUAUGUCAUUUAUUGUUACAUUUUUAAAUGACUCGGUACAUUUGUUCACCAUCAUGGAACGGUGUGUCGCGUUAAAAAAAAUUACGUCAAUAUCUCAAAGGUCAAGGUCACACUUGGGAGUUCAAAGGUCAAAUGCUUGUCCGGGCCAUAGCUUUGUUUUUUAUUGUGAGAUUUUAAAAUCAUUUGGCACAUUUGUUCACCAUCAUUGAACAGUGUGUCGGGCGAAAGAAUUACGUCGAUAUUUCCAAGAACAAGGGCACAAUUUGAGUUUAAAGGUAAAAAAUGGCCAUAAUUGAGCUUGUCUGGGCAAUAACUAUGUUGUUUAUUGUGCGAUUUUAAAAUCGUUGGCUCUUUUGUUCACCAUCAUUUGACGGUGUGUCGCGCGAAAGAAUUAUGUCGAUAUCUCCAAGGUCAAGUUCGUAGUUUUAGUUCAAAGGUCAAAAAUGGCAAUAAAUUAUCUUGUCUGGGCCAUAAAUAUGUCAUUCAUUGUAAGAUUUUAAAAUGACUGUACAUCAAUUUUGUUCAAAGUCAUUGGAAGGCUUGUCAUGUGAAAGAAUUCAAGAGUUCAAAGGUCAAAAUGGCUAUAAAUGAUAAUGGCAUAAUGAUUCUUAAAAAAUCGCCAUAAAUUGUAUUAUCUUGUUUUGUGAAGACAGCAUACAAAAUAAUCAAUCAAUCAAUGCGGUAUGUGGGGGUAACAGACAAAGCUCCAGUUGGCAUGCAUGUGCAUCUUGUGAAGCUGCACAUAUUGAGUGGUGAAAAGUGAAGGUCAAGGUAAUUCUUCAAGGUUAAAUGUUAAAUAUAUUGCUUUUGUCCGUCCGUCUGAAAACUUUAAAAUUGUGCCAUAACUUUUGAGCUCACCUGAGUGCAACAUGCUCAUGGUGAGCUUUUGUGAUUGCCUUUUGUGCGUUGUAUGUCGUCAACAUUUUGCCUUGUGAACACUCUAGAUUCCACAUUUAUUGUCUGAUCUUCAUGAAAUUUUGCAGAACAUUUGUCACAUUGAUACCUCGACUGAGUUCGAAACUGGGUCAUGCUGGGUCAAAAAUUAGGUCACUAGGUAAAAAAAACAACAAAAAAACUUGUGAACACUGUACAAGUCCAAUCUUCAUGUAACUUUGUCAAAAUGUUUGUCUAAAUGAUAUUUUGGUUGAGUUAAAAAUUGGUUCCGGUCCGUUGAAAAACAUGGCCGCCAGGGGCGGGGCAGUAAAAAAAUUUCCUUAUAUGGCUAUAGAGAAACCUUGUGAACACUUUAGAAGUCAAAAUGUUUGCCUUAUCAUCAUGAAACUUAAUCAAAACAUUGGUUUUAUUUAUAUUUUGGACGAGUUCGAAAAUGGUCCAGAUCAGUGAAAAAACAUGGCCGCCAAGGGGCGGGGGAGUUUUUCUUAUAUGUCUUUAGUUAAACAUUGCUAACACUCUAGAGGCCACAUUUAUUGUCCAUUCUUCAUGAAAUUUGGUCAGAAGUUUGGUCUCAAUGAUAUCUUAGACGAGCUGAAAAUGGUUACGUUUGCUUGAAAAACAUGGCUGCCAAAGGGCGGGGCAUUUUUCCUUAUAUGGCUAUAGUAAAACGUUGUGAACACUCUAGAGGCCACAUUUAUUGUCCAAUCUUCAUGAAAUUUGGUCAGAAUAUUUGUCUCAUUAAUAUCUUGGAUGGGUUUGAAAAUUAUUAUGUUUGCUUGAAAAACAUGGCUGCCAUGGGGCGGGGCAUUUUUCCUUAUAAAAAUGGCUAUUGUAAAAUCUUGUUAACACUCUUGAGGCCACAUUUAUUUUCCGAUCUUCAUGAAACUUGGUCAGAAUAUUCAUCCCAAAAAAUAUCGUGGACAAGUUAAAAAAUGAUGCUGGUUGGUUGAAAAACAUGUCCGCCAGGGGGUGGGGCAUUUUACCUUAUAUGGCUAUAGUAAAACUUUGUUAACACUCUAGAGGCCACAUUUAUUUUCUUAUCUUCAUGAAACUUGGUCAGAAGAUUUGUCCUAAUGAUAUCUUGGAUUAGUUCAAAAAUAGUUUUGUUUGCUUAAAAAACAUGGCCACCAGGGGGCGGGGCAUUUUUCCUAAUAUGGUUAUGUAUCAUGCUUUACUAAAACAUUGUUAACACUCUGUAGGCCACAUUUAUUUUCCGAUUAUUAUGAAACUUGGUCAGAUGAUUUGUCCUAAUGAUAUCUUGGAUGAGUUCAAAAAUGGUUCUAGUUGGUGGAAAAACAUGGCCGCUAAGGGGGCGUGUCAUUUUUCCUUAUAUGGCUAAAGUAAAACCCUGUUAAAACUCUAGAAGCCAUAUUUAUUGUACGAUCAUCAUGACACUUUGUCAGAAGAUUUGUCCCAAUGAUAUUUGGACAAGUUUGAAAUUGGUU